AUGGCAGCGCAGCGGCAACGUGCUGCAACAGCUGUCAAUGGCCCAAAGAAGGAAGAGUCGGCAACGCCUGAUGCUGGAAAGAUGAAAGGCUUGGAGACAGAAGAUUCGGCCACUCCCGAUGCUGGAAAGAUGACAGGCAUGGCACCAGUGCUGGCGAGCGCACCGUUGCAGAUCGAUGAUGGACAGAAGAAGGGCAUGGCGUCGUCGCAGCGGUCCGCAGUGUGUUCUCCGCGGAAGCGCCAGAAGGUGCAGACGACACGGAGCGGCGGUGACAAUCAUGCAGAAAUCUUUCUGUACAGCAGAUCUAGCGUCAACGUGUGUGCGGGGUGGGAGGCUGUACCCGUCUGGGCUGUUGUCUGGCAACAUACCGCCAGGCCGUCUCUGACCUUCAAGAUCUCCGAGAACCUGACCUGCUGGCUAGCGCAAUGUCCGGAAGGCUUUGCGGAGUUCGGUAGCAGUACUGCAGCGCUCGAAGACGUGCAGCUCUUGGUUCGGCAAAGCAGCAAGCCUCCGUAUGCUGUCUGCGGUUAUGCUGGUGGAGAUCAAGAGAACUUGCUGGCGCUGCUAAGCCUGCUGGACGGGUACAUCACGCAUCGUCGCGGUCUGGCAGAGUUCCGCGCGGUGCCCGAGUCGCCUGUUCGGCUGAGUGUCCCCGCGGAGGUGGAUCUGUCUCGUUUCCGAGCAACAGCGCAGGCGGCGUGGUCGUUUGAAGUCCGCGGGGCAGGCCUCCCGAGAAGUUUGCAGGAGAUCCCAUCCCCUGAGUUCAGUGGCCACAUUAUGCUGCGUAUUGGUACCGCAGCGUCAUCAUCGGCCCAGUUGUCGCUGGAGUUGUCGGGUGGCACGUGGGCUGCGAAGGAGUUGCUGGAUUCAGCGGGCUGGGCAGGGGAAUAUCAAGACAGCAGCGGUCAAGCCUUGGCGUCGAAGCAAGCUGGAUGUCGCUAUGUGCGCCGUUUGAUUGUGCCAUGCAGAGAUGCUGCGCAGCACGCAAGUGCUUUAGGCUGGUUGAGUUCUUUCCAACACGACUUUGUGAACGUGGACCCGAAUAUCCCUGCAGAGAUCGCCGGGCCAUUUCGAGCGCUGGUGCAGAGCAGUACUGAUUAG